AGCCGCACUGGUCCCGCGAGAGAGCAGCUCGGGGGCGGAUAGAUGGAUGGAUGACCCUGCUGCUCCCCUCCCUAGCAGUUCCAGCUGUCUGCUCCUUUCCUGACUUCACCACCCUGGCGUACCAUGGCGUCCGGCGAGGAGGACGGCACGGUAGACGAGAAAGAAAACAACAACAAGAAGAAAACUAAAAGCGCUCUCGCUACCGCAUGGCUCACUUUCUACAACAUCGCCAUGACUGCCGGGUGGCUUGUUCUGGCAAUGGCAAUGGUUCGCUUUUACAUCCAGAAAGGUUCGCACAAGGGUCUGUACAGAAGUAUAGCAAGGACACUCAAGUUUUUCCAGACCUUUGCACUAGUUGAGGUUGGACACUGCGCAGUUGGAAUUGUGAGGACUUCGGUGAUUGUAACUGGAGUUCAAGUGUGCUCAAGGAUUUUCAUGGUUUGGUUUAUAACCAACAGCAUCAGACAGAUCCAGAAUGAAGAGAGCGUAAUCCUUUUCUUGGUUGUGUGGACAGUGACAGAGAUUACCAGAUAUUCAUACUACACAUUCAAACUGCUGCACCACCUGCCGUACUUCAUCAAAUGGGCCAGGUACAACCUGUUCAUUGUCCUGUACCCGCUGGGAGUCAUCGGGGAGCUGCUCACUAUUUACGCAGCUCUGCCAUUUGUGCGCAGAACUGGAAUGUACUCCAUGAGGCUUCCGAACAAGUAUAACGUGUCCUUCGACUACUACUACUGCCUCAUCAUUGUCAUGCUGUCCUACAUCCCACUGUUCCCUCAGCUCUACUUCCACAUGCUGCGGCAGAGAAGGAGGGUGCUUCACGGGGAGAUCAUAGUGGAAAAGGAUGACUAGCCCCACAUGAGCCUGUUUGAGCCAGCCUGCUACAUCACAAAUGUCUCCAAUUAUUUCACCAGAAUCUCACCAUUCGGAACAGGAAGAUGCACACAGCCUGUGUCAGAGAGCAAGACACCAGUAUCCAGUGCUAAAUGAAAGCAAAUGACAGCACCAUGGGAUUUAUAAUGGGAGUUUGAAAGGGGAAUAUUUCCUGUUUGAAUGAUUAUUAUUGGAACGAUGUUUACAAGCCAAACUAAAGUUUUACUGGAGCUUGAGAUAGAAGCCUGGAGUUCAACCGCAUAGCUUCUCUGAUCUCACCGCCUUGUUGCACUGAAGCACAACAUUCUUAUGAGGAAAACAUAUGUCAUUACAGUGACAAAGUUGCACCCACCCAAAAGUGUGAAAGAGAAAAACAAAAGGCUUUCAGAAAAAUGAUGUUACUGUAAGUUAUUAAAUGAAGUUUCCCCAGACUUAAUUGGCAGUUCUAUAAUUUAUAAUGUAAUCCACCACAGCAAUUUUAUACUAAAAUAUUGUGGUUGUACAAAACAAAAAACAUAGAUUUAUAGAUCCAUCAUACCUCAACAAUAAACCUACAUUUAGAAAAUAUGCUGCUUCAUUUGUGUAUGUUUGUUAUGUGUAAAUGUUAUGUGAAUUAAGCGGUUAAGUAGUAUAUACUUAAAGAUUUAUUUAUUCACACACUGUCACAGCUUAACAUUGUGUCAGCUCUUGCAUUCUUUGAUUAUUGAUUUUGCUUCGAUGUUUACGAUGUCAAAUUACUUCGCAAGAGUGCAUCUUAAAAUGCUGCAGUCGUCUCAAAUAGUAGCUUUAUCUUUUGGCUGAUGUAGAUGAAGUGAAGUCCAGAUUUUUGUCUGCACUCAAAGUCUUUAGUGACUUUCUGUUUGAUUUUAGUCCAGAUCUCAGGCUAGUUAGAUUCUCUUCUACUAAAGGUGCUAUUGUAAGAUCAUUUCAUCUUCUGUGCAGCUGAACAAGUGACUGUGAUUAGAGUUGACCUGAAGCAGGGGACAGCAUGUGAAAAAAUUAAGAGGAAAUGCUCUGACCUAAACAAGGCUUUGCUAUAAGUUAACCCAUGGUCAUCUGAGAUCAGCACCAUGCUAAAAUGUGACUUUGAGAGAACAAAACGCAAGUUCAAAGUAAACAAAAUAUGGAUAAUAUGAAUAGAAAUGUGAAAGUGCCUUCUGUCAAUAAAGUCAAUAAACAAAAUUCUACAGAA